UAUUUCUGAGCGUCGGGCGGUAUAUUUCAUCGUCAAGUCCGCGGUCACACCACACUGUUCAGUCCGCGGCAACGACAACAAAACGGAAAUUAAACUUGGCGGUUGGCGCUCUUAACAAUUCAGAAAAGUAGUUCCGUUUACUCGAAAAACAUCCCUAGGUUCAACGCUUUGUCUUUAAUAUUUGAAUAAAAUUUUAACCAUUAAGCGAUUCGGACGCGGUUUUAUGUUGAAAAAUUCCUUUGGUUGUUACGCUUUUCGUCGUGGUUUGUUGUUGUUUCUUUGUUUCGUCGGAAUUUUCGCGUGAAAGUCAAAACAUAACAUCUGCAAUAUCUGCAAUCCAAUAAUAAGGGAAAAUUCCCCCGUUGCAAUCAGAAAAAAUACAUAAAUACACCACAAAAAGGCGCGCAACAAGAGUUUUAUUUGGAAAUACAACAAAAAUAACCAAGUGGAUCGCAGAAAAAGUCAAUCUUUUUAUUUGGAUUAAGAUCCGCCCCCUCCCCCCGUCAUGGCAGUCGUGCAACAGAUGAGGCAUCAUUCGUGCCGGCGAUGAGGCCCAGCCCCACGCUGGAGUCCAGGUGCUGCUAGGAAGAGGAGUACCCCUGGAAUCGAAGCCAUCAAACAACAUCCGGAACACACACACACACACAUAUCCCCCGGUCCACAGAAGGUAACCUGAUGGUUGUGGCCUGCGAAGAUGCCUUCAGCGAACACCGAAGACUUGCGGCGAAAGUUUCUAGUUGUCCAGCAGCAGCGCUCGGCCCCGCCCAACCUCUCCGGCGACGGGCACGCGCCUGGCAACACACUGAUGAUGACAGCCACCGCUGGAGCGGGAGCGGGAACGGGAGGUGGACUGGGUGCCGCUGGCGAGCCGGAGCGCACGUAUGUGUUUCCGGGCGGGAAUCCGCUUAUAGGUAGCGUACCCGGAAUGCCGGUGGCCAAUCCUGCGGGUCCCUCGCGUGGCCAUGCGCGGUCCGUUAGCCAUGGCGGUGGCGCCAUUGUGGGAGCCAAUGGGCGGCCCAUCAAGUCGGCGAUGAAGGGCCACCAGCGAGCCUUCUCGCAGGGCCAGAUCACGGACUCGCCGCCGGGCGGUGCCGCGCCCUCGGGGCGGGGCCACAGUCGCGUUGGCUCCAAGACAGACUUCAUCCUGCCGCCGGGACACAAGGAGGAGGCGGUGCGUGAACCCUCCGCGCCCACCUCGGCGACGGGGGGACGCGGCCACUCCCGCCAGGCGUCGCGUUCCGAGUCCAUCUACACACUACGUCGAACGGAGGCACCGCCGUGGUGGAAGCGGCUGACGCUCUGCAACUACAGCACCGGCGACAAGUUCGAGGAGCGCAGCUACCGGAUGGUGGUGCCCAACCACACCGUGCCGCCCAAGACACCCAAGCGGGAGCAUCCCAACGGCCAGUUUGUGGGCAACAAGAUCCGCACCACCAAGUACACCCUGCUCUCGUUCAUUCCGAAGAAUCUGCUGGAGCAAUUCCACCGCGUGGCCAAUCUGUACUUCAUCUUCAUCGUCCUCCUCAACUGGGUGCCGGCGAUCAAUGCCUUUGGCAAGGAGGUGGCCAUGAUUCCAGUGCUCUUUGUGCUGGGCGUGACGGCGGUCAAGGAUCUGUUCGAGGAUCGGCGGAGGAGAGCCUCCGAUAAGCGGAUCAACAACACCACAUGUCGGGUGUACGAUGGAGAGACGGAGCGCUACAAGAGGGUCAAGUGGCAGGACCUGCGUGUUGGGGACAUUGUCCAUCUCUCGAACAACGAGACAGUGCCCGCGGAUAUACUCUUGCUGCGAAGCAGUGACCCCCACGGGGUGUGCUACAUAGACACCUGCGAUUUGGAUGGCGAAACGAAUCUGAAGCGUCGCGAGGUUGUACGUGGCUUUGAGGAGAUGCAGAGCAUAUUUGUACCUAGCAAAUUUGUUAGCCGCGUGGAGGCGGAUGCGCCGACAACAAAAUUAUAUAGAUUUCAUGGGGCCUUAAUACAUCCAACUGGGGAGCGUGUGCCCAUAUCGACCGAGUGCCUUUUGUUAAGAGAAAGUAGACUGAAGAAUACGGACUAUAUCGAGGGUAUUGUGGUCUAUGCGGGACAUGAAACAAAGUCAAUGCUGAAUAAUAGUGGUCCAAGGUACAAGCGCUCCCAGGUGGAACAGCAAAUGAAUAUUGAUGUGAUAUGGUGUGUGAUAAUAUUGUUUAUACUGUGCAUUGUUGGGGCCAUCGGCUGCACCAUGUGGCUGAGUUCAUUUACCAAUUUCCCGGUACCGUAUCUGCCCUUCGAGGUGAACGCGAAUCUCGAGGGCAUGUGGACCUUCUGGACGUACAUCAUCAUUCUGCAGGUGAUGAUACCGCUGUCGCUGUACGUGACCAUCGAGCUGUGCAAGAUCCUGCAGGUCUUUCACAUCCACAACAACAUCGAUCUGUACGACGCGGACACCAACAAGCAGACCGAAUGCCGUGCCAUGAACAUCACCGAGGAGCUCGGCCAGAUCCAGCACAUAUUCUCCGACAAGACCGGCACUCUCACCGAGAACAAGAUGAUCUUUCGCCGCUGCGUCGUCAACGGAGCGGACUACAAUCACCCGCCCUCGGAGCUGGAGAAGAUGUACUCGAAGCCGGGGGCCCCGGCCCCCCCGCUGGUGCCGAAUGAUACGCUGACGAGCGACAUGGCCCUUCUGACGCAGGGAUCGUAUCUCACGCCCCACGCCCAGCGGAUACAGGAGUUCCUCGUGGUGCUGGCGAUAUGCAACACGGUGAUCGUGAGUGCGGCGCCGCAUCGGGACCUGAUGAAUGCCAGCGGCAUCAUUGAAGUGCAGCAGCAGCAGACGGGCUGCAGUCCGGCGAACCUGAAGCACAACAAACAGCGACAGAAGCUGCUGGCUACCACAACCACCACGACGACCACGACUACCAUUGUGAAUGGACAGCAGCAGCAGCAGCCGGCAUCCAUCCCAGUGGAUCGAUACAUGCGGCUGGCAGAGUCGCGAUCCGUGACCCCUUCGCCGCCGCCCAAUCUAAUCUUUGCGAUGCCCGCCCAGAGCCACCAGCCCACACUGUCGCCCAUCAGCAGUUCGGCGGAGUCCUCGCCGAACUCAGAGUCGGAGUCGCCAUCCCCUCCCAUGAAGAGCAAGGCGCUGUCCAACAGCAUCUCGCCCACGGGCAGGGCCAAGGCGGCCAUCAACUCGAAGAUCACCAGCAUAGCAACCUUCCUGAAUGCCAAGACCCAAGGAAAGCGUCUGAAAAUGACUUCAACCAAAUCGGAGACCAUUUAUAGAACCGCCGAUGGUCGUCCGCUGUACGAGGCCGAAAGCCCGGAUGAGCUGGCCCUGGUGAAUGCCGCCUACAGCUACGACUGCUGCCUGCUGAACCGCAGCCCCAACCACAUCCUGGUCAGCAUGCCCACGGCAAGGGCCACCGUCGAGUAUGAGAUACUCAAGAUCCUGCCCUUCGACUCGAGUCGCAAGUGCAUGUCUAUUGUGGUCCGUCGCACGGGCACCCAGGAGAUUGUCCUCUACUGCAAGGGAGCGGACAGCACCAUCAUGCCCGUCCUGUCGCCCUGUCCGCACAACAGCCCCGAGGGCAUUCUGCGCGAGCAGACCCAACAGCAGCUGGAUCGCUAUGCGCGUGAGGGUCUGCGCAUUCUGGUGAUGGCCAAGCGCACCCUGAACUCCGCCGACUACACGGACUGGUGGGCGCGCCAUCAGGAGAUUGAGAUGUCGCUGGAGAACCGCGAGCGAAGAUUGCGCGACUCUUUCGCAAAGCUGGAGAGCAAUCUAACGCUGCUGGGAGCCACAGGCAUCGAAGAUCGUCUGCAGGACGGUGUGCCCGAGACGAUAGCAUCCCUCCUGGCGGCAGGCAUCUCCGUGUGGGUGCUGACGGGAGACAAGCCCGAGACGGCCAUAAAUAUAGCGUAUUCUGCCAAGCUUUUCACCCAGCAAAUGGAGUUGAUCAAAUUGACAGCACGUUCCCGCGAUGCAGCUGAGACGGCCAUCAAUUUCUAUCUGACGGACAUGGAGAAUGCAAAGCCCACAUCCUCGAUUGGCUACAGCCAGACGCUGCGACGGAAGCCACGCGCCUUGGUGGUGGAUGGCAAGACACUGACUUUCAUUUUGGAUCCAAAAUCCAAAUUGAUUCUGCCAUUUCUGCGACUGGCCAAGCGAUGCGCUUCUGUGCUCUGCUGCCGAUCCACACCUCUGCAGAAGGCCUACCUGGUUAAAGUCGUGAAGGAGGAGCUCAAUCUGCGAACUUUGGCCAUUGGAGAUGGCGCCAAUGAUGUGUCCAUGAUACAGAUGGCCGAUGUGGGUGUGGGUAUCUCUGGCCAGGAGGGUAUGCAGGCCGUGAUGGCUGCCGAUUUCACGCUAUCCCGCUUUCGCUACCUGGAGCGGCUGUUGCUCUCUCAUGGCUAUUGGUGCUACGAUCGAUUGUCGCGCAUGAUCCUCUAUUUCUUCUACAAGAAUGCGGCCUUUGUAUUUCUGAUAUUCUGGUAUCAGUUGUAUUGCGGCUUCUCUGGCUCUGUGAUGAUGGAUCAAAUGUAUCUGAUGCUCUACAACCUGAUUUUCACUUCACUGCCGCCCUUGGCCAUCGGUGUAUACGACAAGCGAGUGCCGGAGGAUCUGCUACUCAAGAAUCCGUACCUCUAUAAGAAUGGUCGCUUGGGCGUCGCUUACAGGCCGCACGACUUCUGGUUGAUACUACUGGAUGCCCUCUAUCAGAGUCUGGUCAUAUUCUUUGUGGCGCUGUGCGCCUACGGGGAGAGCGAUGUGGGCAUCUGGGAGUUUGGGACAACCAUCACGGCCUCCUGUCUGUUUGCCAAUCUGGUGCACUGUUGCAUUGAAAUACGUUCCUGGACUGUGCUGCAUGUCAUAUCAAUCGUGGUUAGCCUGGCCUCCUUCUACCUCUUCUCGAUUGUGUACAACUAUUGGUGCGUCAAUUGCUUCGGCCUGCCCUCCACCUACUGGGUGAUCUUUGUGUGCUUCUCCUCUGCCGUCCACUGGCUGGUGAUCCUCCUAUCGACAGUGGUGGCUGUGCUGCCCCGCCUAAUAUUGACAACGGUGCGCAUUUCCCUGUGCCCCGACGACAGCACCAAGGUUUUACUGCACAGCCAGCGCGAGCGCAGCAGAGGUGAGGGUUUGUUAGUUACUUGGUCGCGCUCCACCUCAGCCUCAUCAAUAUAUAGAAUCACCGAUUAUGGGUCUAAGAAUCAGAUUAUAACAACGAUUACCUGAUCGAGCGCCAAAAUGCAAAAUGCACCUCUCUACGGAACACUAAAACUAGAAACCUUACAAAAACACAUGUGCUUUCAGUCUAAAUAUGUGGCCUUUCGACACCGAUUAAUAAUACAAUGUUAUGUUAGUUAAUUACGCCCUUAGUUGACACGCUUAGUGACCCGUAGUUCCCCCCCUAAAAGCAAUUAGUCUAAAAUGUACGAGUACUUAGUAACAAAUUGAAUUAGAUUGUUUAGCUAAUGUUCUGUUGAAGAUAGAAGAAACACGUGGAACACACAAUACAAUAUAUUCCCCGAAGCUCCAACUAUCAGAAGAGAAGAGUCUUAGUUAGAAUGUUUGCCUUAACGUUAAAUGGAAAGCAAUUGCAAUGGCACACAAUUGCACCCCCUAUGUCGUAAUUUAUAUAUUUAUUUGUAUAUAAGAACAGAUUAUCUAAGCCCAUGCCCGAUCUAUAACCAACCUAAAACUACUUAUUGUUAAACAAAACCGAAAAAUACACUGCUAAAUGUAUGUGGUACAAUUAUUAUGAUUACUUAACCCCCCCUAGCGACUAAUUAUAAUAGAUUUAUAUAUCACCCACAACGGAAAUACUUGACAAUUCAAAAACACAACAGAACUGCAAUGUUAGUUCGAUGAAAAGGCUGUGAUUCUACACUCAUGAAGGAUAUACCUAAGCAUAAGAUACAGUAUAUAUAUACAAUACAUACCUUAAACCUAUACCUACUAUAUAUAUAUAUAUCGAUCGAUGUGCAGAUUGUGCAUAUUGGAUUCAAGUAUUUGACAGAAUUAUUUCUCACCUUCUGUUCUCUCCUAGUUUCUUGUGGGAAACAGUCGAUUUUUUACUUUUUUAUCGAAGCCCCUCCCUACCUACUACCCCAAUAGGCCCCACUAUUAUUAUUGAACGUACGACGGUAAUAAUCAAUUGUUGUAAUCCAUUAGUUGUACUAUUAAUGCAAACAAAUUAAACCAGAUUUGAAAACGUUA